AGUUGUUCUCAUAGGACAACAAAGAACAAGAAAGAGAGAUAGAGAGAUAGAGAAAGAAAAAACCUAAAUUGCCAGAGUGAAGAAAAUCAACGACAGGCACAAUGGGCCGAUUGGGGCUAUCUAUAGCCGCCAUGCUGUGUUUGGUAGCGAUAGCAGCCUCUUUACCUCGUGAACGUUAUCGCCGAAGCAGUAGCGAGGAAACGGAUACGGGAGGAGACGGCGGAGGCGACUGCGGUGGAGAUUGUGGUGGAGACGGAGGUGGAGACGGUGGCUGUGAUGGUGGUUGUGACGGAGGUGAUGGUGGUGAUGGUGGUUGCGAUGGUGGCGGUGACUGCGGUGAUGGAGGAAAUGGUGGAGAUGGCGAUUGCGGUGGAGACUGCGGUGGAGAUGGAGGAGGAGACGGAGGUUGCGAAGGCGGGAGCUGCGGAGAUGCUGGCGAUGGUGGAUGUGAUGGCGGUGAUGGUGGCGACUGCGGGGAUGGUGGUGAUGGUGGUUGUGACGGUGGAUGCGAUGGUGGUGGAGAUGGUGGAUGCGAUGGCGGUGAUGGUGGUGAUGGAGGGGAUUGUGGAGAUGGUGGAGGCUCAGGGGGCUCCGGAGACAGCAGCAGUAGUAGCAGUAGUAGCGAAGAAGACAGUGGUGAUGGCGGGGAUGGAGGUGAUGGUGGCGAUGGCGGCGAUGGUGGUGACGGAGGUGGAGACGGCGGCGGCGGAGGAGGAGGGGGUGGAGGUGGACGAGGUGGAGGUGGGGGCGGUGGUGGAGGUGCACAAGCC